AUGUUUGGCCUCAAGGAGGCGAUCCGGACUUUUGGCAGUCGGAAACGACCAAUCCGCCUCUGGCGCCGCAACUUCGCGGAUGAGGCUCCUCCGACGGACAGGACUUUCAAAUGGCGCAAGCCCGUUGGACAGCACACAGGCAUCAACAUUUACAAUCACGGAAUGCGCCAGAAGGUGCCCCUAAUCCUGCGCAACCCCCACAUGGUCACCUGGUACACCUGCGGACCCACCGUCUACGAUUCCGCCCAUUUGGGGCAUGCCAGCACCUAUGUCAAGGUGGACAUCCUGCAGCGCAUUCUUCGGGACUACUUCAAAAUCAACCUGGUGACCGCCAUGAACAUCACCGACGUGGACGACAAGAUUAUCAAGAGAGCCCAGCUCGCCGGGCUCGACUGGCAGAAGAUGGCGCGAGCCUACGAGGCGGAAUUUCGCCAGGACAUGCUGCGUUUGAAUGUCCAGCCACCGGAUGUGCGCAGCCAUGUGACCACCACCAUGCCUGUGAUUAUACAGUUCAUCCAGCAGCUAAUCGAUGAGGGGCAGGCCUACGUUACGCCGGACAAGUCCGUUUACUUUGAUGUCUCCCAGAGUCUGAACUAUGGGAAGCUUUUGAAGCUAGAUUUCAGCGAGGAGAAGGAGGAUCCCGUGAAGAGAAACACCGCAGACUUUGCGCUGUGGAAGGCGCGGCAGAGCGGCAGCGAGCCCACCUGGGCGGCUCCUUGGGGCGGCGAGGGGCGUCCCGGUUGGCACAUCGAAUGCAGCGCCAUUGCUGGUCUCUUCUUUGGCCGCCAAUUGGAUUUCCAUGCCGGCGGCCUGGACCUGCGCUUUCCGCACCACGAAAACGAGGAGGCCCAGUGCUGCGCCCGCUACAAAACAGAUCAGUGGGUGAACUACUGGCUGCACACCGGUCAGCUGCACAUGGUGGGCGACCAGGAGAAGAUGUCAAAAUCCCUGGGCAACACCAUUUCGGUGUCGGAACUGCUGAAGAAGUACACAGCCGACGAGUUUCGGAUGGCCUGCCUGCUGUCCAACUAUCGCAACGCCAUGCCCUACAGCGAUCAGUUAAUGCAGACCGCUCGACAGACCCUGCAGCGUUUUAAAAACUUCCAGGCGGAUCUCAGUGCCUACACACAGUUCCUAAAGCCCGUCCACCUGAUGGACGAGGGAGCGCUCAGGGCGCAGCUAGCACACACAGUUACCGAGUUCGACAGCUGCCUAAGAGAUGACUUUGAUACGGCCCGCGCCAUCGGUGUGCUGAUGGAUCAGAUGAGCAGCAUUAGUCGUUGCAUCAACGAGCAGCAAAUCGAUGCUCACGAGGAACCCGCCUACUGUAUGGAUCUCCUCUUGGCAGCUGGUAACUUCAUUAACCGGGCCAUCGUUUCUUUUGGUGUUUCCGAGUUGAUAGAAAGAGAAUCCCUGCAGGAGAAAAAGAUCUCCUCUGCGGAUCGUGGCAUCGAUUCCUCUCUCCUCGUCGAUGAUGUGUUGAGCGUUCGGGGAAGGAUGCGGGAGAAUGCCACAUCCGGGGAUGUGAAGAACUCGCAGCUACUGGCGGCCUGCGAUGAGCUGAGAAGCCUGCUCCAGCAGCAUGGUAUCCAAGUGCGCGACCACAAGAAGGGCAGCUCCUGGGUAUUCGCCGUGUCCUGUGAAAAACCCGAUGACAAGAGCAAAAGCUCUGCCGAAUAAAUGUAACUUUAUUAUUCUUUGGAUCGUUACUACAUAAA